ACAGUGGCAGUAUAAUGUCCCCGUAAGUGGAUAUCAGGCCCUUGUAGAGCAAAAUUUUGUAUUUAGGUCUAGACAACCAAAAAUGUGAUGUCCACAUAUGUGGUAACCAGGUCGUAGGAGGUUAAACUGACGUUUCAUUCUAGUUUAUUUGUAAUUUACCUGCAUUUCUUUGUUUCGUGUUUUGAUUUGAUGUAAAGCACCUUUGUAACACCUGUUGUAUCCCGACAUGUGCUACACAAAUACAUUUACUUACUUAAACACACCAACACAGCACAAAACAUAAACACAAUAAACAAACACAUUAUUUGGUUACACUCACCUCAUCGUUAUACAAACGAUGAGGUGAGUGUAACCAACAAAAUCAGAGGGUACCUGGUGACAGCAGAGAGGAAGAAAUCUCUUUAACCGGGAAGAAAAAUCAGGAUCAGGGAGGAGGAGACAGGAAAAGAGGAUGUGAUGUUUCUCAAUAAAGUCUUUCUUUACUUCAGUCCACACAAAAACCAACCAUAUGGACAGCAUCCUGCUCAUGAUACAACACAAAAGGUGAUCAAAAAAUAGAAGAUCGAACUCACUCAUACAGCAGAUCAUUAGAUCAGACCAUAAUGUAGCUGUGCACCCUGUCAGUGUGAACUCACAGCUAAAGAAAAAGUCACCUGACACCAGAUUUAAAAUAUGUUUCUGGACAGAUGAACAAGAUGACAAUGCAUCGAGGUCGGAUAUUUUUUUCAGUGUUAGUUUCCAUUAUUAAAAACAACAACGAGUAAAUACUAGUAAAGGAAAUCACAAUAAACUAAAAUCGGGUGCAGGUAUCUUUUAAUUUUUUUCCGCCUAGAAGACUUCGCUCAGGGAAGAAUGUUAUCGGGGAUAGAGGAUGGUGUCCGCGGCGCCCGUCAGAUAAACAGCCGGUUCGUCGCACAGGGCCGAUAUCAAACUGAUCACAGAGGUUAUAUCAGUCAUCUCACAGACAAACACGUUUAUAUGACACGCGGCUUAAACGUAGACGCUGUUUGAGUAGAGCUUUGGGGUGCCGUCAGUUUUUAUAGUCAGGCAGCUGUAGAGGCAGCUACGGGGUCCCCACAUCCUUUUAACAGAGAGCGGUUUGUUUUUAACAGCAGCAAGCAAAAAGCGCUGAGUUUAACUCAAGUCUGGUGUUUCAAUGUUUUGGUGUUUUAAUUACUUUAAGUUAAUAUUAAACAGCCUUAAAAACAGGAAAAGAAAAACGGCUAAUUUUCAUUCUCAUCUGCGUGACAGAAGCGGAAAACCUUCAGGUGAGCUAACGCUAGAGGCUAGUGCGGCUGCUCAUUCACUGUUGUGACUGAGUACUUUGAGUACUGUGACUAUGGUGUUAUUUGGCACGGCCUGGGUGAACAGUUUGAUGUUCAAUUUGAAAAAGAAGCAGCUGAACUGCUUGAAGUUUGUAAAGACGUUUCGUGCAACAGGCUUCUUCAGUUCUACAAAUUAAGGUGGAGGGUCCCAGGUGUUUAAUCCCCAUUAGAGGUGAUCCUGGGUCAUUUACCCACUAGUGAUCACGUGAGUCAACACCAGAACCAAGGUAUGAAAGAAGGUAGAGCUUAGUGGGGUUUAAUGGUGCAACCACUGUGAGAUGUUGCCCCAGCCCAUCGUGUGACCUGUUGAGGACACCUGAGCCAAGGUGUGAAUCUGGGUGGAAAUAGUCGGUUUUGUAAACCCCGCCCUCUGUUCAAAGAUGUUCGUUCACAGUGGACAUAGAUGCUUCUUCCACUAACCAUCACUCCUCUCUGUCCGAAAUGUGAACAUUGGCAUCCUCAAAAGAGUGACCUUUGACUUUUAGAUGCAGAUGUACAGCUGAGUCCCUCUUCUGUGUACAGGUGACACAUCCACCUGGGAUCUAGAUUCUUCUUCUGUGGUGGAAUCAUGGAACUGGCCUAUGUGUGUGAGUGGGAGAAGCGUCCGAAGAGCACGCACUGCCCUUCCAUCCCGCUGGUCUGCUCCUGGUCCUGCAGGAACCUCGUGGCCUUCACCACAGACCUGAAGAGCGAGGACGACGACAAGAAUGUGAGUCACAUGAUCCAUAUCAUCGACACUGAGCACCCCUGGGAUGUUUUCUCCAUCAACUCUGGACACACUGAGGUCAUUUCCUGUCUGGAGUGGGACCAAUCAGGCUCACGGCUGCUGUCUGCAGACGGCGACGGGCAGAUCAAAUGCUGGUCGAUGUCAGAUCACCUGGUAAAUAGCUGGGAGAGCGUCCUAUCAAGCUCGCUAGACGGAGACCCCAUCAUCGCUCUCAGCUGGCUGCACAAUGGUGUCAAGCUGGCACUGCACGUGGAGAUGUCUGGCUCCACAAACUUCGGGGAGAAGUUCUCACGGGUGAAAUUUUCACCGUCCUUAACGCUGUUUGGCGGUAAGCCGAUGGAGGGCUGGCUGGCGGUGACGGUGAGUGGUUUGGUGACUGUGUCGCUGCUGAAGCCAGGCGGCGCUCUGCUGACAGCGAGCGAGAGCCUGUGCCGGCUGAGAGGGCGCGUGGCGUUGGCGGAUAUUGCCUUCACUGGAGGAGGGAACAUUGUGGUGGCUGCCACAGAUGGUAGCAGCUCCUCGCCUGUGCAGUUCUACAAGGUGGUGGUCAGUGUGGUGAGUGAGAAAUGUCGCAUUGAUACUGAGCUGCUGCCCUCACUUUUCCUGCGCUGCACCACCGACCCGCUGAGGAGGGAGAAGUACCCCGCUGUCACCCACCUCAAGUUCCUGACCCGGGAGAACUCUGAGCAAGUUCUGCUGUGUGCGUCCAAUCAGAACGGCAGCAUCGUGGAGUGCUGGUCUCUGAGGAAGGAGGGACUUCCUGUUAAUAAUAUCUUCCAGCACUGUUCGCCUGUGGUGGGAGAGAAGCAGCCGACCAUCCUAAAAUGGCGGAUCCUGACGACCACCAGCGACCUGGAGCGUGUGUCGGCUGUCGCUCUGCCCAAGCUUCCCAUCUCCAUCUCCAACACUGAACUGAAGUUCUGCCCCGGACUCGGUCUGGCUCUGGCGUUUCAUGAUGGCAGCAUCCAGAUCCUGCACCGCCUCUCCCUCCACACCAUGGGCGUGUUCUACGGCGCCUCCUCGGCACAGCGCCCUGGAGAUGAGUCGGCCAUCAAGCGCCAGAGAACCGCCGGCCCCACCGUUCACUUCAAGGCCCUGCAGUUCUCCUGGACCUCAUUGGCUCUGGCUGGAGUUGACAACCAUGGCAAGCUCCACAUGCUGCGUGUGUCGCCCUCUAUGGGCCAGGUGCUGGAGAUGAACACGACGCUGCGUCACCUACUGUUCCUGCUGGAGUACUGCAUGGUGACGGGUUACGACUGGUGGGAUGUGCUGCUGCAUGUGCAGCCCAGCAUGGUGCACAACCUGGUGGAGAAGCUGCAUGAAGAGUACAUGAGGCAGAAUCAGGCGCUGCAGCAGGUUCUGGCGACACGCAUUGUGGCAGUGAAGGCUUCUCUCUGUAAACUCUCCACGGCGACAGCGGCUCGAGCGUGUGACUUCCAUGCCAAGCUACUGCUUAUCGCUAUCAGCUCCACCCUCAAGUCUCUGCUGAGGCCUCAUGUCCUCAACACGCCGGACAAGAGUCCUGGAGACCGACUGACAGAGAUCUGCGCCAAAAACACAGACACAGAUAUCGAUAAGGUGAUGAUCAACCUGAAGACGGAGGAGUUUGUACUGGAUGGUCCUCCUCUGCAGUCUCUGCAGCAGCUCAUCCAGUGGGUGGGAGACUUCGUCCUGUACUUGCUCGCCAACCUGCCCAACCAGGGCUCUAUGGUCCGGCCCGGGUUUGGCUUCAUGCGGGACGGGGCGUCUCUGGGGAUGCUGAGGGAGAUGCUGGUGAUGAUCCGGAUCUGGGGUCUGCUGAAGCCCGGCUGUCUGCCCACCUUCACUGCCACGUCGGACAACCAGGACAGCAUGCUGCUGCUGUUCAGGCUGCUCACCAAGCUGUGGCUCUGCUCACGGGAUGAUGGCGCCCCCCAGGACCCCGACGACAGUCUGAUCGACGAGUGCUGCCUGCUGCCGAGCCAGCUGCUGGUGCCCAGCAUGGACUGGCUGCCCGUCAAUGACGGUGUGAUGGUGAAGCUCCAGGGCAAGCACCCACUCAGGCUGCAGUUUGGCAAGGCCUCGUCCCUGCCCAGCAACGCCCCGCCCACACCUCUGGAGGUGUUCAACAGGACUCCUGGCUCCCAGAGGAUGGAUAACCUGCGUUGUGUUCACAUGGGCGUCUGUCCUACCGAGGAGAGCAAAGCCUGCACCAGGUGCGGCUGCGUGACAAUGCUCCGUUCUCCCAACAAGACAAACGCCAUGAAGCAAUGGGAGCAGCGCUGGAUUAAGAACUGUUUGUGUGGCGGUCUGUGGAGGAGGAUCCCGCCCACGUUCACCUGAAGUGGUGACACUAAAUCACCUGUUGGUGUGGAGCUUAUUCACAUCCCAAACCUAUUGACCAAUCAGGUUCCUGAAAAUGGUCUUUAAUAUCCAGCUGAGAACCGGCUUCAUGAGACCAGUUUCUGUGUGAGGCACAGGGACUGAAUCCAGUUCCGAUUGAUCGUUGGAGCUGCACUUUGUACAUAAACAGCAUUUUUCUAAUAAAGCCAACCAAACUGAA